UGUGUGUGUGUGUGCGCGGGAGCGGCGCGGCGCGGCUCGGCUCGGCUCGGCUCGGCUCGGCUCGGCGGUAACCUCCCGUCUCUCCCUCACGCAGCGGCGGCGACGAUGCAGGCGGAGUCGGGGAUCGUGCCGGACUUCGAGGUGGGCGAGGAGUUCCACGAGGAGCCCAAGACCUACUACGAGCUGAAGAGCCAGCCCCUCAAGAGCAGGCCCGCAGCGGGUGGUCGGUCCGCGGGACAGCGAGGGUGGUACAGCCGCCUGGGCACGGGUCUGAGGAUCACGCUCAGCUCCCUGGUAGUGCCUGGCAUUUAUCUGUGCAUUUAUCUGCAGACCCGCACCUUGCUCCGGGCCGUCUCCAUCGGGAGUUUGUGCGAUACUCUCGCGCAGGUGCUGGAUUGCACAGGUCUGCAGUGCCGGCGGGCGCCGGGCAUCGCUGCCCGUGUUGCUGCUCCGUGGGGAUUGGAGUUGCCAGGUCCUUAUCUGGAGCCACCCCUAGAGACACGGCCGGCCGGGACGCCGCUUGACUUUCACCCCGGGGUGCUCGGCGAAAGCCCUCGGACACGAGGGGUGGGGGAAAAGAUGGAAGCUGUUAGAGUUCAGAUGUUCAUGCCCUGCUCCUUUGACAGCUCCUGUCUCAAUUCCGAGCAUCCUGGCGCUUCCAAGCCUCCCUUAAGCUCCUCCAGCAUGACCUCACGAAUCCUGCUACGCCAGCAGCUCAUGCGUGAGCAGAUGCAGGAGCAGGAGCGUCGGGAGCAGCAGCAGAAGCAGCAAGCAGCCCAGUUCAUGCAGCAGCGCGUACCCGUCAGCCAGACACCUGCCAUCAACGUCAGCGUCCCCACCAGCCUGCCCCCCGCCACCCAGGUACCCAUGGAGGUCCUCAAGGUGCAGACUCACCUUGAGAAUCCAACCAAGUACCAUAUUCAGCAAGCCCAGCGGCAGCAGGUAAAGCAGUACCUCUCUACCACUCUAGCAAAUAAACAUGCCAACCAAGCCCUGAGCUUGCCAUGUCCAAACCAGCCCGGUGAUCAUGUCAUGCCGCCUGGAACUGGAAGCAGCGCGCCCAACAGCCCAAUGGCUAUGCUUACCCUUAACUCCAACUGUGAAAAAGAGGGAUUUUAUAAAUUUGAAGAGCAAAGCAGGGUUGAGAGUGAGUGCCCGGCUCUGAAUACACACUCACGAGCAUCAUGCAUGCAGAUGGAUGAUGUGAUCGAUGACAUAAUUAGUCUGGAGUCAAGUUACAAUGAAGAAAUCCUUGGCUUGAUGGACCCAGCCCUGCAAAUGGCAAAUACGUUGCCUGUGUCUGGCAAUUUGAUUGACCUUUAUGGCAACCAAAGCAUGCCUCCUCCAGGACUAAACAUCAGCAACUCAUGUCCAGCUAAUCUUCCUAAUAUAAAAAGGGAGCUCACAGCAUGUAUUUUUCCUACAGAGUCAGAAGCGAGAGCAUUGGCUAAGGAGAGGCAAAAGAAAGACAAUCACAACUUGAUUGAACGAAGAAGAAGAUUUAAUAUUAAUGAUCGUAUAAAAGAACUAGGCACUUUGAUACCCAAGUCAAAUGACCCGGAUAUGCGCUGGAAUAAGGGAACGAUUCUAAAAGCCUCGGUGGACUACAUCCGUAAGCUGCAAAGAGAACAGCAACGCACGAAGGAGCUUGAGAACAGACAGAAGAAGUUGGAACAUGCCAACAGGCACCUGCUGCUCAGAAUACAGGAACUUGAGAUGCAAGCUCGGGCACACGGACUGUCCCUUGUUCCAUCUACAGGCCUUUGCUCCCCUGACAUGGUCAACAGGGUCAUCAAACAAGAACCUGUGCUGGACAACUGCAACCAAGACAUCAUGCCGCACCACACAGACCUGUCUUGCACUACCACCCUCGAUCUCACUGACGGUACCAUCACCUUCAGUGACAACCUCGGAAACGUGACUGAACCGACUGGCACUUACAGCGUUCCUGCAAAAAUGGGAUCCAAACUGGAAGAUAUCUUGAUGGACGAUACCCUCUCCCCUGUCGGAGUAACUGACCCGCUGCUUUCCUCUGUGUCCCCUGGAGCAUCGAAGACGAGUAGCAGGCGGAGCAGCGUGAGCAUGGAGGACACCGAUCAUGCUUGUUAGCAUACACUUGGCACACCUUUCAUAAACUGCUUUGUUUCUUGAUCAGUAGAUUAAAUAAUUUACCUUUUGUAGAAUUUUUUGAUUUUUUUUUUUCCUUGUGCUUCAUCAGUAGCCCAGUGUGUGUGCGUGUGUGUAUAUAUUAUAUAUAUAGGAUUUUUUUUAGAAUUUUUGUGAAGAAACUUGUAUAUUCUAUUUUAAAACUACCAAUGCCUCCAAAAUAUUGUACAGCAUAUGUACAGUAUCUGUGAACUGGAUUCACCAAGAACUUUGAACUGGUCAAAUCUACUCAAAGCAAUAGAAUUACAAAUGAAGAGUCUGUUUCUACUGGGGGGGGAGGGGGGAAUCGUAGAAUUGUAAAUGCAACCUAUUUACUUGGAAACAAAAUGUAAAGUUCAAGAAUGUAAAGAAACCAAAAAAAAAAAAAAAAAGUCCAAUUUGUAAUUGUAUUAAUUGAAUAGUGCUGCCUUAAAGAUACAGUGUCCCUCAAACGUUGGUCUUUACAUGACAAGUGUUUAGGGAAAAAUACCCACCCUACUCCACUCAGAAUACAAGCAAACAAAAAAAAAGUGUUAAGACAUCCUGAUUGUGUUGAUUGUGAUAUAAAAUGCUGUUGCUGAAAAUUGCAGGGAGAUGCAAGUCUCUUUCUCAGAGUGCUGUUUAAUUUUACUCUGAGCUGAUCUGGGUUUUCCUUUUGAUCAUGGUUCGAGUUUUUCUCUUAGAUUUUUAUUUUGUUUUGAAACACGCAUUGAUGGCUUGCCAACAGUAAACCAAGCAGGAGCACUGUAAGUUGGUAUACACUCUUUGGACAAAAAAAAAUUGAUACAUCAGCUGGGCGCAUUAUGUUGUACAUAUCUAAUUGGCUUUAUUUUUUUUAAAUUGCAUUGUACAGUUUAUUUUGAUUUGCAUGGAUUCCUUAGUUAUCCUCAACUUUUUGUUUUAAAUAUAUUUGUAUUUCAUUUGUAAGAUUUUUGCCUCUUAAUAUUGCAACAAUUUUUUGACAUUUUUAAAACUCAUUGGAAGUUUUCUGCGUUCUUUGUAAACACUUGAAAGGAAGCUUUUAUGCAGGGUUCUGUGUUUUAAGAGAGAUUUUGAGAAUAUUUUGUAUAUUACAGUCUCACUUUGAAAAUGUUUUUAAACACAUUUAAGGUAGAGUACAAAUUUAGAUUAGGUAAUAAAACAACUCUGUAGAGAAACUGAACUUACAUAUUUAUUUUUAGUGAUACAGAAAAAAGUAGUAAUAUGCUUGGAAACAUAACUAUGUAGUUAAUAUACCCGUUAUAGUAAUUUUGUGUUUUAUUUCAGCACUGGGGCUGACAUAAGAAAAAAACAAACAAACAAACAAAAAAAAGAGUAAAUUACUGUAUCUGCAAAUAACUGUUACUUGAUAACAAUGUUAUUAUUUUUUAACAUGCAACAAUGUUGUAAAAGUAGUUCGGUGCAUUAUCUACUCAAGUGUAGUCCUAUGCAAUAACGGUAGUUAUACUUGUAUUAUAUCAAGCCUAGGUGUUUUACAGAGGUGACAUGUGGUGUUACGAGCUAGACGGAUUGAAUGGAUUUCUCAAUAGCAGCCUACAGCUGACUCGCAAGCGGCAGGCAAGCGUAUCUCGUUCAGAAUGAAGUGCCUUAAACUCUAGUUGUAGUCUUCCUUGACUAGCACUGACUGAAGUGUGGCAUAGGAGAGAGCUUUAGGGUGGUGUUUCAUGGGAUGUUGAAGUGUAGCAUGGUGCCUACGUAUAGAAAACAAAAGAGCUUCCCGUUCUCCUUUGUGCUACACUGGAAAUUACAUAGGAUAAGUGAAACGGUUAGUGACUUGAGUGCCAGUUUGGCAGGCUUCAUAAGGAAACCUUGGUCGCAGCAGUUAGUUAGUGUUCAGAAAUCAAAUGUGAAUUGGGUAGCGAUGGGGCAGCUGGGGACGACGUCGGGAGUUCCCGUAGCCCGUGGCGUGGCUCGCUGAGCUUUCACCCAAACGUUUCCCCGCGGAAUGGUUCUUGAAGCGUCCCCUGCCCGGCCCCGCUCCUCCCGGCGCUGGUGGUGAGGGGCGCGGGGCUCGGCGGGGACGCAACUUGCUGUUACGGUACUCUGGGGUCUACCUUCGUGUCGCUCUUUUCCGUGGCUGUCGCUGGCUGCGUCCGGCUGUCUCCGUUUCUGCUUGAGCAGCGAGCUGUGUGUUAGCAUUGAUGCAACCACCGGGUUGUGGCUUUUUUUUUGGUUUUUUUUUAAAUUUUUUUAUUUUUAUUUUUUGAAGGAGGAGCUGGAGUUAGAUUAUAAUGAUGCCUCUCCCCCCCCCCACCCCAGACAGCUUUUGGGAAUGUGUCUUUCCUAGGGUAGUGAAGCUCUGGCCCAGGGCAGGACCCGGGAGCCUGCAGGAUGCGCUGCGGCCGUCGUGGCCCUCGGGCAGGGAAAUUCUCUGCAAGGCAGCUGUGCCGUAGUUAGCUCCGAGUCGAGUAUGCGGGUACAGGCUUCUGGUGCUGCCGUUUGGUAAUGGUGACAGGUAAAGAAAAUCAGGGCUGUAAAAUGCUUGUAAGCUGUAACACAGGGUUGCGUUACCCUUCCCCAUUAAAAUGGGACAGCUCUGCAGCAUUGUACAAAAUCAGGGCGUGCUCGCUUGAGUGUAGUAACUGAAAACCACUGAAUAUGUUAAAUAAGGCUUUGGGUUGAUGCCCGUGCUGGGCAUUCAGAAAUUGAAGUCUAGACUGUGGUAUAUAAAUAUUUUUCAAGCUUAUGUGAAACCACUGGUACUCACUGACGGCCAUGACUUGAUUUUUGGCUACAUGCUGUGUGGAGACGAGUUAGGAUUCAAGGAAAACCGUUACAUCAAGAGCUGGAUUUCUUGAUAAAAGUCGCUGCGGCCCCAGCAGCUGUGUUGCGUGUUCCCCGUACGUUGUGUUGCUCUGGGGUAACGUACGACUCGGCUGUGCCCUGCUCGCUCUUCACCCCGUGUUCCCUUAGGCUACAGCCCUCCUCUGGGUUUGCCCACCCUUUGAAUGGAAGCAUGUUGACACUGCAGUGGGGACAUCUCUAGGAGACGUGGAGCUCCAGGCGGGUGCGAACUGGAGACGUCUUUGCCCGUUCGAGCAUUGUGAACGUGUGGCCCUGACGUUUUACAGGGGAUCGAUGGCAGAGGACAGGGAGAGCAAUUACAGGCAGGGUUUGGCAUGAACUGGGUGGAGCGAGAUGGACAGAAGUUGUUGCCCAGUCUGAUGAUGGUGUCUUGUGUGACACUGGGCCGGCAGUGGCUUUCCUGAGCGGGUGGAUGGGGGACCUACCAGUUCUCACUUUGCCAAAGCCAUGCAACAAGCAGGAGCGUGCAGAGUACCAUGAAGUUCUUCCUUACUGCUUUUGGCCUCUAAAGCAAUAUUUAACUCUUACAACCUGUAAAAGCAAAAAGAAGGUACAUAAGGAAAGCACAAAGCACAAAAUAAUGCACUUACAUUUAUGUUGUUUGACAUAAAAUGCACUGGGGGGGAAGCUGAUGUUGAUAAUAGUAUAAAUACCUAUAUUUCUUGAAAAAGUGACAUUAAUUACUGCCUCUUGCUAUGAUGCUUGGUACUGUAAUGUUGAUAUUCAUCUGCUGUUGACUGCAGCAAUAAUUUGUGUAUGGUCCAUAGCACUGUAAAUUAUGGAUCAAUAUUAAUGUAUCCAAUGAAAUAAUUUGAACUGUUGUUCUUGAUAGAUGGAUUAAAGCAUUUGGUUUUUCACAUA